AUGAAGAGAGCAAUGCUUGAGGUGGUGGCGACAGGGGGCGACAUCAAGAACGCGCCCAGCUACCGCCUGUGCCCCCCGCAGAUCGUUGCUGCGACAACCGUGGCUGCCCUGCAGUGGCUGGGAAGGGAGGACCAUGCAUUCGUGACCUGGGACAGAUAUCAUCAGGUGUACCGCCCCUCCCCACUCGGCUGCGCCGCCCUGGUCAGCGGGUUUCCCCCUGAGCGCUGCAUGGCCAUUCAUGCAGACCUUCAGCGGGCUAGGGAGUGCAUUGUGCUGCCGUCAGACCUGCACCUGACCUUCCUCUGCGUCUCCCCGACAGACGACCUCAUCCCGGACUGGCGGCGCCUCCUGCAGCUCAGAUCCAGCGGCAAGCCCGAGGAGAUGACUGACUCUGAGCGGGUGGGACGCAGAUUUUGGGCUGCCCUGAUCCUGAGGGAUGUCUUGGCAGAGGUGGACCUGCAGGAAAUCUCACGCAAGUUUGGCGCGGCACAGGGUGCUAUCCAGGGUCUGCAGGAGCGGAGCUCGCGCUUUGCGUCCAUGCUGGCUGCCUUUUGCGAGCGCCUGCAGUGGCAGGACCUGGAGAUGCUGGUCUCCAAAUUUCAGGCCAGGGUCCUCCAGGGGGUAAGGCCCGAGCUCCUUGCCCUCACUGAGAUCCCCUUUGUGAGGAAUUACACUGCUCGUAAGCUGUACAGCGCGGGGCUCCGGAGUCCGGAUAGCAUUGCUGCACUGGAGGACGAGACACUGCUCAUAGAAAUCCUCGCUCGCGGCUCCACGGGCAGGUGA